GAUAAUCGUUUUUAAUACGGAGUAUUUGUGAAAUUCCGAUUACGAAAAACGAUUGCAGAAGCGCGUAUUUGUAAAAUUGCGAUUACGAGAAACGAGAAUCGUAAAAAAACGAUACUCGUAUUUUUAUUUACGAGUGCCUUCAAUCACUCGUUCAGCUUUUGUUUUGGCGGGUUAGUCAAGUGUCAAACAUUAUUGUGUUUUGGUUUGUUUUUCUUUUUGGUUUGUUUUCAUUUUGAUGAGGGAGAAAAAAUGCCUACAACGAAUGCUAAACAAAUGGAUUUGAUGGUAGCUUUCAUGGAAAGUAAUCCAAAUAUUGCUAAAAAUUAUUUGCCGACGAGCCAAGCUAAAUCGAAAGCCAAAAAUCUUUGGAAUAACUUAGCUGCUAAAUUAAACGCGUGUGGCCCUCCAGAAAAAACAACAGAGGGUUGGAAAAACGUGUGGAAAGAUUAUAGAUAUAAUCUGAAGAGAAAAAUGCGAGACAAUUUGGUCCAUCUCAGCGGUACAGGGGGCGGGCCUAACAAGCAGAAAAAAUUGUCUGAUAACGAAAAAACUAUUAUUUCGAUCCUUGACCUAAAUGAGGCCGUUUCAGGAAACCAACUAGGAAAGCAAUUUGGUGAUCCGAAUGGAAAUAGCCCAAACAUUGAAGUGACGGCCGGUAGCAGCACCACUGUUAAUAUAUUGAUGGAAGAUGCUGAUGAUCAGGAUUACCUCAUAACUUUAAUCGAAGACCCUCAACCACAACUUGAAAACAUUGAGAAUGAGGAACCACAACCAAACAAUUCAGAAGGUAACCCGCCGUCUAGAAAUAAAAAAGCAACAAAACGGAACAGGAACACUUUGUUGGAACAGCACGUUGACUUGCAAGAUAAAGCUGUCAAUAUGCUAAACGAAAAGCUUGAAACGCAAAAGGGCAUUUUAAAAGAGCUGACUACAUUAAAUGCAUGGAAUAAAGAAGCAGACAGGAGAAGAAGGAAACUGUAUGAUCUUAAAAAAGAAAAACUGGAAGAGUUCAAAUUAAACAACAUAAAGAAACAUAACGCUCGAUUAGAACUUAUUUCAAUUAAGUCUCGCAAAUUGAAACUAAGGCAAGAUAAAAUGGAAAUGAAUACGAAAUACUACAACCCCAUUUCAAAAAAUGAUGAACACUCAAGUAGUAGUGAAUAACUUAACUUGCAUGUAAGGU